UCGCCGUAAUUAGGAGACGUUCCCUUUUUGGUGAAAAAAAUUCAAAAAUGUAAACAUUUUUUUCCGAUAAGAAAAAGAUAAGAUUGUUUUUCAUCAUAUGUUGAUACUUUUUGUUAAUUUAAUCAAUUAAUUGCGAUGCCUCUUAAAUUGCCGAAAUCGAAAAGAAAAGUUAGAAAGUUAACUAAUAAGAUUAACAAAAAGAAAAGUAAAUAUUAUCUUUACCGUCAUGUAACAAAAGUUGAAUUGAUUAAACAAUACGAGGAAUUGUGUGAGACUGGUAAAUGUUUCGUUGAACAAUUUGAAGCCCUUCGAACAGAAUAUUGCAAUGUAAGGGAUAAAUUCAAUGCCGUCCAAGAAAAUAACCGGGAACUUGCAUCUAGAAAUGCUGCUCUCUUACAUGAGAUUGAAGUUACUCGUUUACAACUUACCAAACUCACCAAAGAUCAACUAAUUAAAAUAUCUGGAGCAGAAAAGGAAUUUGAUGCUUUCAAGAAUAAAUUGGCGAAAACACUUAAUAGUUUGAUAUCCAAUCACGACCCUUUCUUUAUAUUGAAACAAGAUUUUGAAAAAUCACUUUCAGUUGGUGAUAUAACUCAUUUGGACAGUAUUACAACUGUGAGAAGCAGUAGGCUGAGUCGUUGUCUAGUAGAUGAGCAAAGACACCAGGAUAGAGUAAAAGAAAAGAUAAAUAAUAUAUUUUUAGAGCGGAUCGAUUUAACAGCCAUGUCAGAGGAGGCAAGUCCAAUUUCGAGUGGUCAAAACAAUGGAUCAACAUUCAGUAUUGGCUCGAAGAAAAGUUUAGAUGAACACAAUUCCAGUAGCCAUCUUAAUUUUACUACUUUAUUAGAGCCACCAACAAAUUCCACUAUGAUUGAAACACCUUCUUAUCGUCGUAUUGUACCUAAAUCUCCUCACCUUAAUGGUUCCAAUAAUCAAGUAGAUGAAUCUUCGCUAACGGGUGAGGACAGUGGUUGGGAAUAUAAUUCAGACUUUAUCAGAGUUCCACCCUCUGAGCCGAUGCUCUCAACAAGCCUUGAUUCAAUUCAAAACUUUAUCCCAAAAUCACCUUUAUUAACUCAGCCUGCGGCUAAUCACACAUCCACUCGUGACUCAAUCAUCUCCUCGAACAGUUCAACUUGUAAAUCCUACUUUAAUCGUUUAAGUGUCGCUUUUCCGGAAAAAACUCCAGAUCAAAGUCCUGUUACUAGUUUCGAUGCUCGUUGCCGAACCUCAAGAAGACUCAUUAAUUCAGCGUCAACAUCAAGGGAAAGCGCAAGUAAACAUUGUAAUACCAUCGACGCAUCAGCACCAAUAGAAUCCAGAGUGACAUCAAUAUCGACAACAAUGACCUCAUCAACUUCGACUCCAUCAACAUCCACAUCCACAUCAACAACAUCAAGAGCUACAACAUCAACUGCAAGAGUAUCAACUCGAACCUCAACUCGAACAUUUGAUGAGACCAAAAGUGAAGUACAAAAUGAUGACUCGAACGACAAGAACUCGAAUUUUUCUAAAAAUGAUUCGGAGACAGAAUCGAUUGCUGAUUGUGAGACACAAGGAUUUCGCCGAUCAAAACGAAAGAGAAGAAAAGUUUGCUAUCGUGAGAAAUGAUCAAUAGUCAAGAGUCGAUAGUUAUGCUAAUUUCUAAUUCAUCAAAAUGUUUACAAUUAACUUGAUUCUGCUAUUAGAUUCUGGUCAAAAGUAUAAUCGUCAAGUUUUGGACAUCAACAAUUACGGAAUCUUUUUAAUUGUUUCACAACAAUCAAAUUCUGCCUGAAAUCAUCUACAUCAACAAGACCAUAUAUCAAAUCUUUAACAACACCACAAGUGACAAUCUAAUUUAAUUUACUCUCUCACACAAUCUUGUCUUUUAUUCAUAAAUUAGCUCAAAAUUUAAACCAAUCAAGUGGCAUUAAUUACAAUUAAAAGUAAUAAUGGUUUGUAUUAAUUACUAUUCAAACUUGUAAAUAUCUUUAUUUGUUUAUCAACAUCUUCUCAAUUGAUUAAACUGUACAAUUUGUUUCACACCAAA